AUGCCUCCAGUACCUGUGUAUGUUAAGGGUGGCGUAUGGACCAACUUGGAGGAUCAGAUAGUUAAGGCUGCUAUACAGAAAUAUGGUACUCAUCAGUGGAGCAAAAUAGCUUCACUUCUCCAGAGGAAAACAGCAAAACAGUGUGAGACAAGAUGGAAUGAAUAUCUGAAUCCCAAGAUAAACUUUGAUGAAUUUAGUAAGGAGGAAGAUGCACGAUUACUGGAUCUUGCUCGAAGACUUCCCAAUCAAUGGAGAACGAUAGCGGAUGCUAUGGGUCGGACAGCUCAGGUAUGUAUUGAUCGGUAUAACAGGCUCAUGGAAGGUGACGAGCAUGAUCCCGAAUUGAGCCUUGGGUCCUCAUUAGAAUUCAAAGUUGGUGACUUAAACCCUAAAUCUGACACUUUGGCAGCCAAACCAGAUGAAAGUGAAUUGGCCGAUGACGAACGUGAGAUGUUGGCCGAAGCUAGAGCCCGCUUAUUGAAUACCCAGGGUAAGAAAGCCACUAGGAAGAUACGAGAGAGGAUGUUAGAAGAGUCUAAGAGAAUAGCACAAUUGCAGAAAAGGCGAGAACUGAAACAGGCCGGUAUCAAGACUGCGAUCAAGCAACCCAAGAAACGGUAUGCGACAGAGAUAGAUUACAAUAAGGAUAUCGUCUAUGAACAGGCUCCACUCCCCGGAAUAUAUGAUACUUCGCUAGAAGAUGAGAGACUUGUCAAAGAAUUCCAAGACUAUAAGAAGAAAGUUGAUCGAAGAGGAAUAAAGAAUAAAGAAAGUUCAAAAAAUGAUUCAUCAGGACGUGGUAAAGUUCAAGAUGACGUAUUGCAAGUUAAGAAAGGCAAUCUUGAGAGGAAAAUACUGACAGACGAUUACAAGAAGCCUCCCUUGACUCUGCCGAAACCGGGGGCAAGAGUGGCAGUAGUAGAGGAAGAUGUUGCAAUAAAGAAACGAAAGCUACUGGAUAAUGGCAUUGGAGUUAAAAUCGAACACGAACGACACUUCGAACCUGCUGGUACAACCCAAGUGCCAUCUAAGCCUGUAUCUCUGAAAGACCUUUUUACAAGGCUGCCGAAACCAAAGAACGAUUUCGAAAUCAUAUUAGAUGACGAGGAAGAUGAAGACGAGCUCAGCGAGGAUCAACAUCAAAUUGAAAACGUAUCGGUACAGGGUAGCGAUAUAAUAGCGAAGCCCGAAGAUUCUACUCUUGCGCUAGAUUUGGAUUGCCUAAAGCAAAGCCGAUUGCCCACUCCUCCUUUCACCACGAAUCCCGAGGACGAUUUCGAGCAAACUUUCAAUGAAUUAGUAGCCACAUCUAUGAUCAAGGAAGAAUAUUUACAACCGUAUGAAUACACAAUACUCCUCAGUAAAGUUGAAGAGCAGAUGAAGCAUAUUCAAAUAGAACCCCCACAUCUCUCGGAAACCUGGACGCCGCCUACAAGAAAUGACCUAAUGGAAUCAAUACACUCAAAAUGUUCCACGAUAGCAGAUUUACAAGAGCAAUUGGCAUACAUUUCCCCAAUAGUUUCCCAGAAUGACCGAAUCUCCAGAAGAGUAUGCGGCGAAAUGCUGCCUCGCGUUCGCACGCUGCAACACAGAUACUACGUGAAUUACAGGAUGUAUCAGGAUGAAGUACGCGGAAUCUCAGCCAGAACCGAAAGGCUCAAGGCAGAUCUUUACCAAUUGGAAGCCUCUUGA